AUGUUUACAGGACAACAUCCAUCGCAAGGCUUGCCAAUUGGAGGGAAGGGAGGACAUGGAGAAGUACCGUCAUCUGGAGCUGGUCUAGGUGAUGGGCCUGGUCUUGGAGGAGAAGGAGGUCGAGAUGGUGGUCCACCACAUUUGUGGUCUGCUACUUUGGAAGAAUCAGGGUGGUUUGGUCGAGGCGGAAGUGGUUUAAUCGAAUCGCCUGAACCAGUGCCUCCGUUAGUACAUUUUUUAGAACACCAGAGACAUGGUAAACAACAAACGCCAACAACCUUUGAAACGUCUACAGGACAGCAUCCUUCGGAAAGCUUGCCAAUUGAAGGAUAG